CUGAAGAGAGAAUGUCCGGCCGCGGCAAAGGAGGAAAAGGACUGGGGAAAGGAGGCGCCAAGCGGCACAGGAAGGUGCUCAGGGACAACAUCCAGGGCAUCACCAAGCCCGCCAUCCGCCGCCUGGCACGGAGAGGGGGAGUCAAGCGCAUCUCUGGCCUCAUCUAUGAGGAGACUCGUGGGGUCCUCAAGGUUUUCCUGGAGAAUGUCAUCCGGGACGCCGUCACCUACACCGAGCACGCCAAGAGGAAGACCGUUACCGCCAUGGAUGUGGUGUACGCUCUCAAGCGCCAGGGCCGCACUCUCUACGGCUUCGGCGGAUAAAUCUCUUCCUUCCCACUAAUCUUAUACCCAAAGGCUCUUUUCAGAGCCGCCCACACACUCAAAUCUCUCAGCUGUUACUGCUUGUUUUACAUAUUGUGUUGCAGUGAGAAAAGCACAAGGGCAAGUAAUUUGUGUUAUAUUUCUUGGCUAAUUCUGACGCGUUCCUGGAUCUUGCAAUGUAAAUCCAAGGCGAUGCAUUAGAAUCCCGAUUACCUUUGCUUGUUCUGCACUGCGGCAAUUCUAAUGUAAUCGUAACGCGUGGUGACUCACAGGCCAACGAUCCCCCGGCAAAUAAAAGGUUAAAGUGACGAGUCUCUUGACUUGCACAAGAGCCACGCCCCUUCUCCCCAUAAGAUCAGUUACAGGCUCUCGGGCUCUUUUGCUCUUGCCGGAUGGAAAUUACUGUUGCUGCUCAGCGUCUCACAGAACUCCCCCAGUCGCUUUCCCAUUGGCCCCCAGAUCUUACAAUUAUCAGUAUCAGUAAUCCCUUCUUUGCUUGAUGAUUUUAGGCAUUAGAGGGAAAUCCAGAAUCCCAUACAAAUGUCUCACCUUUGUGUGCACACAAUGAGAUCCCCCCACAGCUCAGCUACAAAGCUUUCCCCUCAUCAAUAUAAAUGUUGCUUUAAUUUAGCAGAGAGAGGGGGUGUUAUAAA